CCCUUGGUGCAACAUCAUAUUAUCAAGGUAUUAACGCUCCCAAGAGAGGCGCCCACACGCACAAACACACAGACACAGAGAGCAAGAGAUCGAAGGGAUAUGGAGCUCAAUGAGCAUGGUUUCUUAGAGGAAUUACUUGCUCUAAGAGUAGACACUUCGGGAACCAUUCCAACACCAAUGAACGAGUUCGUCUCUAAUGGCUGGACUUUUGAUUACUUUGAGCAAAACCCAGCCAUGGUUUUUCCAAACUCUUGCUGCGAAGGAUUCUCUCCGCAGCUUGAACAAAUCGUUGAUACCUCCUCCUACACUCUCAAUGAAGUCUAUUGCCCAUUUGGCAAUGCAUUCUCAGCUUCACAGCUUACUGAUUCAUCACUUAACACGCUGGACACACCGCCUUUUCCUAUGCAAGAAGACUAUCCAUUUUCCAUGAUGGAAGAAGAGCUGGGUAUACUUGGGGACGAAAUUCACAAUCUUGAGGUGCAAGCUUCUUGCAAAGCCGAGCCAAUCCAGUCCCCAGAAGUCCCGGUUAUCAACAUCGGUAAUUGCCAAGAAGUAAAGAAUCCAGCUAAGAAGCUGCAGGGCCAGCCAUCAAAGAAUCUUAUGGCUGAGAGAAGAAGAAGAAAGCGAUUGAAUGAUCGCCUCUCAAUGUUAAGAUCCAUUGUCCCUAAGAUAAGCAAGAUGGACAGGACGUCUAUACUUGGAGAUACUAUAGAGUACAUGAAAGAACUCCUAGAGAAAAUCAACAGUUUGCAGCUAGAAAUUGAUCAAGGGAGUUCAAACAUUACGGGCAUUUUCAAGAAUGUAAAACCAAAUGAAGUCUUGGUUAGAAAUUCACCAAAGUUUGAUGUGGAGAGGGGAAAUGUGGAUACAAGGAUUGAGAUUUGCUGUGCAGGGAAGCCAGGGCUGCUGCUAUCAACAGUGAAUACCUUAGAAGCAUUAGGCCUUGAGAUUCAACAAUGUGUCAUUAGCUGUUUCAAUGAUUUUGCAAUGCAAGCUUCUUGCUCAGAGGAUAUGGACCAGGGAACCCUACUAAGUUCUGAAGACAUAAAACAAACGUUGUUCAGAAAUGCUGGAUAUGGGGGAAGAUGUCUUUAAGGAUCAAAAACAGGAAGAGAAAAAGGAAUUGGGGUUCAAAUUUUUUAGAGAUUGGUUUUCAAAUCUCUGUAUUUUCAAUGAGGUUUGUCAAGUGAGAUGUUCAAGUUUUCAUCUUUUUUUUUUUUGUUUUCCGAUCAACGUUUGAAUAAGAGAUUUCUAUUCCUUGAGAGCUAUCAUGAUCUAUGUAAUUUUACCUAAAAAGUGAAUAUGUCUAUUAAUUAAU